ACGGAAUUCUGGUCUCCGAAAGCAGUACAGUUCUGUGGAGCCUGCAACAAACUGCGUCACUGAGCUUUAAAGCCCCGAAAACAGAAAUUGACGCAUUUACACAAAGCUAACAAACGCUUAGUACCUGAUUAAAAUGGUGAAAAUAGCCUUUAACGCUGCCCUGGCGCAAAAGGCGCUUGGCAAGGAAGGCGAGGUGCUUGUCGCAGAGAAGGAUCCCGAGACCGGCUCGGUGUACAGCGGCGAGAACUCCACCGGGCGCUGCCUGCUCACCCUGCUGGGGCUGGCCUUCAUCCUCACCGGCCUCAUUGUGGGCGGAGCCUGCGUGUACAGGUACUUCACUCCCAAGAAGCUGUACCAUGGAGCCAUGCACUUCACCGACAUGGACAGCGACGCCGCGCCCGUGGACAUGGACACCCGCGAGCCCUACUACCUGCCCCGCAUCGACGAGGAGGUGGAGGUGCAGGACAACGUGGCCAUCAUCAACGUGCCCGUGCCCCGCUUCGGCAAGGGGGACCCCGCCUACAUCCUGCACGACUUCAAGCGGAAGAUGACCGCGUACCUGGACCUGAGGCUGGGGACAUGCUUUGUGAUUCCUCUCAACACCUCAGUGGUCAUGCCCCCCCAGGACCUGCUGGACCUGUUCCAGCAGCUGAUGUCUGGCUCCUACAGGACCUACUUGGUGCAUGAGGACCUGGUGGUAAAGGAGCGCAUUGAUAACAUGGCUGACCUGGGCUACUACAUCUCCCACCUGUGCCGUGGCAAGGACACCUAUCGGAUGCAGCGCCGCAGUGAGAUCAUGGGUAUCCAGAAGCGCUCUGUGGAGGACUGCUUCAGCAUUCGCCACUUUGAGAACACGUAUGUGACGGAGACCAAGAUCUGCCGGGCUUGAGAGGUGGCGGAUGAGGGGGGGGGUGGGUGGGUGGUUGUCUCCCAUGGCGCCAGUGGGAGGGGGCAGGGUCGCCUCCCACCCCCCGCUGCGUUGGAAGCAGUCAUUAUUUGUUGAAUAUAAACAGCAGUUUGUUUUUGUUCUUCUCCUGCUUUGUACCCACUGAAGAGUAGGUCUCCUUGUAAUGUUGUUGAUUUAUUUCUACUCCGAGCCAGCGUAGGGCUCCUUUAUAUGGGCCGACAGUGGCCCACUAACCUUGUCGUCGGUGCGUUGGAUCGUCACUCCCCCCCCCCCCCCCCCCCCCCCCUUUACUGGAAAUGGGCCCUUCUUAAUAAGAAAGGUCCAGUUUUAAUAAUGUAGGUGUGCAUAAGGGUUUGUGUUGCAGUAUUCCAUAACUCAUUAGUGAAUGUGUUUUAAGCCGUCCACAUUACAGAUCCAAUCAGGAAAACAGUAGGUAUGCGGUUCCGCUGUGUAAGGGAAGGGGUGAAAUUGGAAAUAACUGAAACGAUAGCUGUUUUCCCUCCUCUUUUGUGGACCGUUGUGUGCCCACAAUCUAUCCACUUUUUUCUUUUUCCCCCCCUCGGUACAUUACAAAUUCCCAAAUGUUUCCAUCCCUCCUCUCAAAAUCCUAAGGGAACAUCUCUAACCCCACCUUUCAGAUCGCCCGCGCCUUUUAGGAUUGUUCCUUUCAGUUGUGAUCCGCAACGACUUCUGUAAACCAGCCACCUGGCGCUAUAGCCAUUCAGCAUAAGAACGUUUUACAUACAGCCUUAAAAGCAGUAUACUUCUGACGGCUGUGAACAGUCUAAAUAACGGUCAAGAUUUCAAAAUAUAUUCAGGAUGACUUUAGGUCCUUAUCUGACGGAUGUGUUUCCUGAGCCUGCUGACGUAGAGAAGAGCAAACCACUGCUGAUAAGGGUUGACAAGGUUUUACUGGAAGUAUGUCAUUCGUUCAUCAGUUCACAGGUGCAGAGUGUCUGUGCGUAUGUGUGCGUAUGCGCGUUUGUGUGUGUGUGAGUGCGUGUGCGUGUGCGUGUGUGCGCGUGCAUGUGUGUAUUUGCGUGAUUGUGCCUGUGUGUAUUUGCGUGAUUGUGCCUGUGUGUAUUUGCGUGAUUGUGCCUGUGUGUGUCUGCCACUGUUCAGUUACCUACUCAAUCCAGCAGUUCCCUCUGUGGGAGUUUUUCAAAAUAGAUAGCAAUAUACUGAGUGGGCUGCUUGCAGUGCACAAAAUGUGACAAAUAGACUCACCGUUAUUUUCAGCUCUUUGUGCACCCUACCUUUUCAAGGGUAAAGGCACUGAGAUGUCCUCUGGUGUUUUUAAGAUUUAUGAACCUAGGGAUGAAUCUUUGACCCUUCCACCUUCCAGAAUCUUACAAGAUCCUUCAGUCUGCACUUGCAUACUGCCCUCAAUUCAAACCACACGUUGUUCAUCGGGGUUCAAGUGUACAGUGUGAGAUGUUAAUCGCAAAAUAGUCACAUUGUGGUUUGUUUACCGUUUGUUGGUUGAUUUGGAGGAAUUUUUCUGACCAUUGAUUGAUCCAAUUACGGCUAGGUUUCAGCUUCCUGGAAGUAAAAAUAUUGACACAGCCCUUCUUCGCUCAUCUGUAUCAGGGGUGUGGAUAAUAAACGGGCACAGUGUAUUUUUGACCUUCGUCACAGGGCAUUUCUCACCACACAAUGAUGAUCAUAAAAUUGAUGGUCAUGUGAUGGUGAAAGGGCCAAAACUGGGGAACCAAAUACUUUUACAAGACAGCGGGCUUAAAUAGACGUUUUCCAGUCCGAAGCCAUUAGCAGAGCAUUUCCGGCCAUCUUGAUAUUCCUGUCAUAUUGCCUGCCGUGUUCCGGAGAGAAACCCGUGCGUGCUGUGUUACCAUUUGGGCAUGUGAACCUCGGUAGUACUACUGUAGAUAUCCUUGAUUCCAUCGCUCUCCUCGAGUUUAUCUUUUUUGCUCUAGCUGUGUUGUAGCUCCCUUGUGUUAACCUAAGGGGCAUUAUAUGUUUAAUUUUUGUUCGUUGUGAAAUGUACUUCUAAUUAAAUUCAUGGAAAAUGAUUAAAAUGUGGCAUCUGGUUGCAUUGACUACUGUUGAAGGAAGGACAAUCAUGGCUGGAGUCUGCAGGGAUGUUUUUUUUUGUUUUGUUUUUUUUUUUAAUUUACUAUUUUGUUUUAAUUCUUUAACUGUUACCCCUGUAGUGGCAACGAAGGGAUGGAAGUUGCUGGAAUGUCUUGAAAGUUGAGGAAAAUAAAUGGUGAAAGCAUUUGAUUGAAUUCACUUUGUAACUGUAUGUUGUCGAAUAAAGAUGCAUUUCUUUACAUAAA